GCAGAUAGGGUGUCUGUUUCCCGCUGCCUGACACACGCCACACGAAGGGUGCAGUACUCGAGCAGACCAUUCUAAGGCUUCAAGCACUUUAAUAGUAUCAAGGUUAUGGAUGGGAACGAGCCCGGAGCCCGCUGUGGGCGCCCGGGUCUGGACAAGACUUGAACACCGCCCUGCGCUCUUAGGCUGCGGGCAUGUCUCUGAUGCUACAAUCCUUUGAAGCCCCAUCACGAGAGGACAAUGCCCAGGAACGGGCAGCAGGAACUCCAAGCCAGGACAUGACGAUACCGGGCGCUAACGUGGGGCUCGGCGUCCACGUCUCCGACGGAGAGGAGUCAGUUUUCCUAAGCUCUUCCGUCGAGUCGUCUGGAGAAGGCUGGGAUGAGCCAGGGCCCGGUGCGGAGCUCGUGGUUUCCGGUGUUUCGGCCGUCGGCAGCACCGCUUCCGUGCCAGAGCCCCUUGUGCAAGGCACCGCACUUGCCGGAGCCGGAAACACUGCGCCAUUCAACUCCAGUGGUUUCCUCCAGAGUCCUCUGACCACUCUGCGCACCGCCGCAGCGGGGUCGCAGCGGGCGUUGGCAGGCCGCUCCAGCACCACCGGCCCCGCCAGCGGCCGCGCGCUGGGCACCCCACCUGGCGCCCUGUCACACCACAGCCUUCCAGCCAACACCACCACCGCCGGCGCUGGCGGCUCGCCCGCCCCCGCCCCCGCCCCCGCCCCCGCCCGCGCCGCCGCCGCCUCGCUGCGGCCGCGCGCGCCGCUGCUGUGGCGCCUGUUCCCGCGCUGCAUCCGCGCCGGCCGCCAGGAGUGCUGCAUAGCGGCGGAGGUGACGCUGCCUGUCGCGCCGUCCGACUGCUCCGUCACCGCUGUGCGGGAUGGCCGGCCGCUGGCGGUGCGCCUGGAGUUCCUGACCGACCGGCAGGCGGUGGGCGACGAGGGCGGGGACCAGGAGGGCGCGGACCUGAGUGGAGGAGGUGGUGGCGGCGCGGCGCUCCGGCGCCGGCGCGCCGCGCGCGACGUGCUGCGCAUGCUGCGGCCGCAGCAGCCCGACAGCGAGCUGGUUCUGAUUUGGCUGGUGCCGGGCGAGGCCGCGGGCAUGGUGCUGAUCGAGCUGCACGCCCGCAUACACGACGUCAUGGCCGGCCGCGGCGCCGGGGCGGCGGCGGCGACAGGAGCAGAAGCAGGAGCAGGAGUGGCAGGUGGAGCCGGCGCUGGCACCAGCCGCUUCGCUGGUGCAGGCGGGCAGGCACGUGAGGAUGACGGCGAGGGCUCAGGUGUGGCGAACGGGCCGCUCCACCCCGCCUCCACCGGCUGGCUUCGGACGGCCUGGCGCAGCGGUGCCAUGCCGGGGCAGACGAGGCCGGGCUCGCUCUCCGCUUCUGCGGCGGCCGGCGGUGUCGGUGGCGUCGGCGUCAGCGGCGGUGGGGUGGUGGGAGUGGAUGACACGGUGCAGCUCGGGGCGCCGAUGGCGCUGUCGGCCGGUGCCAUGGAGGUGGGGCUGUACGCGGCGGCGGGCCGGCGCAGGGCAGGAGCCACGGGGCUGCAGCCGCGGGCGGCGGGCGGCGCCGCGGCGGGUGUGCACAGCAGCACCGAGCGGUUGGCCCGGCUGGAUGGCGGCGGCAGCGGCAGCGGCGGAACCGGCAGCGCGGGCACGACGUCGACGGGCUCUGGCGGCAGCGACAGGCGGCGCGCGCAGUCGUCGUAUUCGACCUGCAGCAGUGGCGCGCUGACGCUGGUGGUGGUGCCUGACGCCGGCAUGGAGGCAGAGGUGUGCGGCCUGCUGUCGCAACAGUACCAGCAGACACCGCUGCCCGUGUGCGGCGGCGCAGCGGCCGGCAUCGCCACCGGCCCCGGUGCGGCGGAGCCAGAGGCGACGGCGGCGGCGUCUGGUGCCGCUGCUGGCGGCGGCGCCAAUGCUGCCGGCGGUGUUAUGGUGGGCGGUAUGCUUCCAGGUGACUGCGGCGUUGAUGAAGACGACGACGAUGCACGCGCCAGGGAGCGCUUCCUGUGGGACCUGGGAGCCUGGCUCGAGUUUUCGAAUGAGCAGGCCGCGCUGCGCCGGCACGCCGCCGCGGAGGCGGCGGAGGCCGCCGCCAUGGCUGCAGCCAUGCGCGAGGCGACCAGCGGUAGUCGCGGCAUCCCCACCUACACGCCCCUGCUUCGACCCAGCGCCGACGGUAUCGUCGACUACUUCGCAUCGCCGCUGGCUGAGGGCGGCGGCAACGCCUCCGCCGCCUCCGCCGCUGCCUCCGUCGCCGCGCCGGGCGUUGAGGCUGCGGCGGCGGCUCGCAACAUGACUCCGGGCAUGCAGGGUUCGCUGCCGCGCACGGCGCUGGAGCUGCUGGGGUUCGCGUGCAGCCGGGGCUGGGCGGCGGUGUCGACCCACAUCGUGCUGGGGCUGAUGGACAUGGGGCUGAGCAUGACCGCCAUCAAUGCGGCGGUGCAGGCCGCGCACGGCUGGUCCGCCCUCCACCUGGCGGCCGCCAGCGGCAGUCCCGAGCUGAUGGGCAUGAUGGCGCUGUGGAGGAGCUACGGAGCAGGGGCGGCGGCGGGGGCCGCGGGGGCAGGGGCGGCGGGAGCGGGGACAGCGGCAGGGGAGAUCGUGGGCGCUGACGAGGGCGAACUCCGAGACACGGCUGCUGCUGCGGCUGCGGCGGGUGGCGGCGGCAGCGCGCGGCGGCGAGGGGGCGAUGUGGCGGAGGAGUGGCGCGCGAUGGUGGCGGCGCCUGGCCCCGGCGGCCUGACGCCGCUGCACCUGGCGGCGGUGCUGCCCGCCCCCGCCGCCGCCGCACUGGACUUGCUGUCGGGUCUGGCGGCGGAGGCGCUGCCGGCCUGGUUCAGCGUGGCGGCACGCGACGGCUGCACGCCCGCCCACUACGCCAGCCGCGCCGGCAACAGCCACCUGAACGACCACGCGCUGCUGUGCCUGGCGCUGGGGCUGGGCACCGCGGCGCUGGAUGUGGAGCUGGGCGCAGCGGCGGGCGGGGCAGGACGUGGAACAGAGGGAGCGGGAGUGGGAGCUGGCGGUCAGGGGCAGUGGGGCACGUCUUCGGUGAUGCAGGAGGUUCUGCCCUACUACCCCGACCUGCAGGCUGACAUGGCCGCGCCCUCGCUCACACACACCGACUCAAUCGAGCUCUGGACGGAACCCGCUGGCAGCACCAGCGGCGGCGGAGCGGGAGUCGGUGGCGGCGGAGCCGCCGCCGCGGCAGGCGUUGACAACGUCAGCAGCGGCGGCGGUGGGAGCGACGGCGGCACUUACAAUGACCUUCAGGCGGCGGCGGCGGCCUUUGCCGCGAUGCGCAACGGCAGUGCUGCGGGCAGUGGGGUGGUUCGGGCUCCAGUCUCCGGCACCCCCGCGGCCGGCAGUAAUGAUUCAAUUGCGGCGGCGCAGAUAGGGCCGGGGCCGGUCCUGAUUACCAGCCCGGGCACCAGCGGCGGCGGCGGUGGCGGCCACAGUGACGGCGGCGGCAGUGGCAGCGGCCAGGCGCAGCUGUUGUCCAGCGCCAUGCGAGCCGCCGCGCAGCGCUGGGCCACCGCCGCCGCCGCGGCCGCCGCCGCCAGCGCCACCCGCGGCGUCAACACCCGGAGGCCGCCGAGCACCGGUCAUCUCAGGGUCACAGGUGACGGCGAUAGCAGCCGCAGCGGCAGUCGCUCCGCCGUCGCAGAGGCGACCCUGCUGCUACCGCCGCCGCCGCAGCCAUUGCUACCACACCUGCCGCCGCCGCUGCCACCACCGCCACCACCACCACCACCACCCCAACAGCAACAUGAGCAGCCGCAACGGGUUAGCUCAAAUAAUGGCGACGACGCCGGAUCCGACUCUAGUUCACGAACGCUCGAGACAAGCCUCAGCUUUAACCGGGAUGACACCGACGCUGACGGCGACGCCGGGGCCUCGCACGCCGCGCGGCGGAGCGACCAGCAGCCGCAGCCGCAGGACCCACCGCCGGGGCACCGGCGGGUGCUGGCGUCCCUUGUCGCAGGGGCCGCCGCGGCAGGAUCGGCCGCUGCAGGGCCCCGGGCGGCUGGGGCUGAGGAUGCGGACUUUGGCUUUGGUGUGAGGAAUCGGCGUCGUGGGGACCAGGAGGAGCGUCUGGCCAACUUGAGGACGGCGUGGAACUGGCGUGGCGAGCGGUCACUGGCGACGGCUGCGGCGUUUGGGGCGCCUCCGGUAACAGGCAGCGCAUCCACGCCUGCUGCCCCUGGCGCCGCGACGGGUGUCGGCGCGGCGUCGCCUGUUCCUGGCGUCGCCGGCGCUGAUGGCUACAUGACAUACACGACGGCGGCGGCUGCCGCCGCCAGCACCGCAUUCACGGCAGCGGGCGCGGCGGCGGCGGAGAGCGAGUCGUGGUGGUCUGAGCCCUGGGGCAGCAACGCCCGGCGCACCUGGCCCGACCCCAACACGAUCAUCUCGGGCCUGCUGGAGCGUGUGUCGCCGGUAGCCUCGGCCCACGGGUCUUUCAGCCCUGCCACCAGCCCCUGGCGCUCCCCCAGCACCACCCCCGUGCCAAGCAACAGCGCCAACAACACCUCGGCACCGGCGGCGGGCCUGGGGGGCCACACCAGAGGUCUGGCCGCCGCCGCCGCGGCAGCGGCGCAGCCGGCGUGGUCGCCGAGGAUGGCGGCGGCGGCGGCGGCGGCGGCUCCGCCGCCGCCGCUGUUCUCGCCACCGCACUCGGCGCAGGGCGGCGUGUCAUCGGUGCUGUGGGCGGCUCUGGCGGCGGGCAUGGACGAGGGCGCGGUGGCGGAGGCCGCUGCCGCGGCGGCGGCGGCGAUGGCUGCUGGCGGCGCUGCCGCAAUCGCCGCCGCCACGGGCGUACCGCUGGGACGGCUAUCAGGCGGCGGCAGCGGCCCGAGUUGGGGCUCUGUGGAUGUCUCGGCGUCGCCGCGGCCGGUGACUCUGCCGCCGGUGCUGCGGCUGUGCUCGCCCACCCACACGCCCUCAGCCUCGCGAUCCAAUGUGCUACAGCCAGGGCCGCCGCUGCAUGCGUCGCCGGGCCAUCACGGCCGUGGCAGCCAGGGCAGCAACCGCCACGUGGACGCGGCGGUGGAUGCGCUCUGCGCGUCGUCGCUCGUGUCCGCGGCGGCGUCGGCCGCCGCCGCGGCCGCCGCCAGGUCGGGCGCUGGCGGCAGCCUGCCGGCGCGGCGGGGUGUGCGGCGGGCGAUCAGCACCGCCGCUGCCAUCGCUGGCGGCGGCGGCGGCGGCGGUACGGCUCAGAGCGCAGGCGCAGGCAGUGUAGAAAGCGGCCUGCCCGUGGUGUGGGACGGCGUGGUUCCGGGGUCGGGCGCGGCCUGCAGCCUCAGCGGCAGCAGGCGAGGCAGCAGCGUGCCAGGCAGCCACGAAGCAUUGAGCGGCAGCGGAGGCGCACUGGCGGAGGCGCCGCCGCGCGUCGCAGGCAGUGCGGCCAGCAGCUGCAGCGCCCCGUCAGCGGCGUCGGCGGCAUCCGGUGGCGACAGCGCGCCGCCGGCUCGGCUGCUGGGGGCGGCGCCGCCGGCCGCCUUGAUGUCGGAAGUGGCGGCGCAGCGGCUGGCGGACAUUCUGGCCCACGUGCAGCUGCAUGAGCGGCAGCGGCUGGUGACGGGCGGGCCGGCCACGGUUGGCGCCGGGGCGGCGGCUGUGACUGGGGUGGCGGGGCCGGCUCAGCUGCACGACCAGCCGUCGGGGCCUCGACCGCUGUCACAGCCGCCGCCGCCGCCGCCGCCACAACAACCUUUAGAGCCGGAUCAGGCGCAGGCCCAGGCAAGGCACGCGCCGCCGCCGCUGGCACCUGGUGCUACUGAUACUGCCACUGCGGCCGCGGCUGCUACAGCCGUCACAGCGGCUGUAUGUCUAGGGGCAGAUGUUCACGCGCCGCCGGGUGCAGGUGGUGAGCAUGAAGAGGCGGCUUCGGACGCAGUGGCGGCUGCAGCCACACCCGUGGUGGCGGCGCCGCAGCUGCAGCACCUGGCUCUUCGAGGCGUCAUGACGGGCGUAGCACCAGGCGCAGCGGCUUGGACGGCGGCGGCGGUGGUCGUGGCGGCGAUGCUGCUGCCACAGCUGCAGGCUUUGGCGUCAGAUGUCCUGCCGCGGCUGCUAGGCAGCGGAGGCGCAACCACCGCCCUGGUUGCGCUCAUGGCGCUGGUCGCGGCUCGCCUCAUGCCGCGGCGGCUGGGGGCAGCACGCGAGGUGCCGAACUGACAACCCUAAUAUUCAGAUGGGAGCGGCGGGGGCCGCCUUUAGAACGCAUAUGGGCUUUGCGCAGAACACUGAACUGCAUUGAAGCGGCUGGACAGGACGGCCGGGCAGCAUGGCUGCGCCGUCGCUAAGCGAGUGCUGCUAAAUGGGUGGGCCGAACAAAUAAAGGGCGUGGUUAUGCGGGCGUGGCCGUGUCAAGGCCUGCGCGGGAUUGGUCCUGGGCUGCCGGGGCGUUCGGAAUGCGCCGAUGGCCAUUGCCGUCUGCGUUGCGGGUGGAAUAAGUGUUCUAAGCCACAGGGAAUGGAACGGGUCCUUGUGCGAGUGUGAAUGUGUGUGGGCAUGGCAGGGAUACUGAGAACUUGUUGCUUAGCGACCGUGCUGGGCUGCCCAGAUACAGUUAUUGCUGUUCUUUGUAGCCCACGAUCAAGCGGUGCUCCUUGCACACAGCAGCCACCUGUAGGUGUGGGCAGCGACUUGAAAUGCAAACACUGUCAUGACAGCGCAAUGCUCGGAAUUAACGUGGAGUGAAGAAUGUGAAUCGGGAGCGGAAUUGUUUGUUCGGACGGCCGUGUUGCGGCCGAGUGAUUGGGCUGAAACGCUGAAUGUGCGUGGUGAAAGGCUGCCGGCAGACUGACAAGGGUGGCGUGCUGGUCACAGGUUGCUUUGCUGCAUUGACGAACCCUAAACGAUGUGGUGGGUGGAGAACCCAUUUUCUUGGGGGCAGUGGGCAGCUGAUGCGGCUGACAGCAACAGUUUGGGGGAGCAUGCGCAACGCCUGGUAAGUCGCAGGUUGGGUCAGUAAUGUCGGAUGGCGGUGAUGUGUUCUACUCGGGCGCAGCGACGGGGCCAUGUUGCGCAGGGGUAAGCACGCCGUGGGCGUAGGCUGGCGGCACGUGUGUGCACGUGGGCAUUCAGUGCUCAGGUGGUGGCGUCGCAGCGAAGUUUAGGGCCACGAGGUGCAACAAUAGCCGGGGGGGGUCUGGAGGUUGACUGUCAAUAACGCGUGCAAGUUUGGAAUUGCAUGCCUGCCUGCGCGUUGGACUGUUUGUAGAGUAUGCCUGCAUUCAUGCCAAUUGCAGUAAUGUCUUCGAUCGAUUGAAGCUGUGCUUUGCAUUCCCAUGACGGCCACGACGGUCCUGCUGCGGGUGUGUUGCUGAGUGAAUGUGCCGCACGGCGAGUUGUGUGCAGGAGGGAUGCAGGCGCUGUGCAGCUGUGGUAGCCCGGGAGCAGGGGUGGUAUCUUGUUUUCAGGGCAAUGUCUAGGCUCAGACAAAAACGGCCGGGUGGCCGCCGUCUUUUGUCUGGGCACAUGGCGGUUUGGGGGCUUCUCCAUAGGAAUUCGGACAAAAGCCGCCCCAAAACCGGGCGAACAAUGUCUUGACUCAGACAUUAGUCCCCAGGAGGAAUGUCUAGGAAACGGCCAAAAUGGCCAAUUAAUGUCUGGAGACAUUAAGAUAGGAGCCCUGCCCGGGAGGUUGCGCGGCAAGGGGACUGCGGGCAGCGUCCCCCAUCUUACAUGCCCCCAUGGUGUACUAGGGCCAUCCGUGGCUCUCGCCAUCAUGGGAGCGCAUGUACCUAAUGUAACGUCCCAGCUCC